CACAUUUCAUAAACGGUUUCGUCGUCGCAGUCGGUCCGAAAACAAAGUCUGGAGCCGGCGACUCGGACUUCAGGAGAUCUCUCCUGAAGAUGUUUCCACAAUCAGGGAAAUCGAUCGUCUUCGACAACUUUCCAGAUCCCACCGACGCCUGGGACAUCAUCGAGACCAUCGGGAAAGGCACCUACGGGAAGGUCUACAAGGUGCUCAACAAACUGGACGGGAGCAAAGCCGCCGUGAAGAUCCUGGAUCCCAUCCACGAUAUCGACGAGGAGAUCGAGGCCGAGUACAACAUCCUCAAGGCCCUCUCGGACCACACCAACGUCGUGAAGUUCUACGGGAUGUACUACAAGAAGGAUGUGAAAUGUGGAGACCAGCUGUGGCUGGUGCUGGAGCUCUGCAAUGGCGGCUCGGUGACAGAUCUGGCUAAAGGCCUGCUGAAGAGGGGGGACCGGAUGGAUGAAGCCAUCAUCGCCUACAUCUUGCACGAGGCCCUCAUGGGACUCCAGCACCUGCACGUCAACAAGACCAUCCACCGUGACGUCAAAGGCAACAACAUCCUGUUGACGACGCACGGAGGCGUCAAACUCGUGGACUUUGGCGUUUCGGCCCAGCUGACAAACACCCGCCUGAGGAGGAACACCUCUGUGGGAACUCCCUUCUGGAUGGCUCCGGAGGUCAUCGCGUGUGAGCAGCAGCUGGACUCCACCUACGACGCUCGUUGUGACGUCUGGUCCCUCGGCAUCACCGGCAUAGAGCUGGGAGAUGGAGACCCCCCCCUCUCCGAACUCCACCCGAUGAGAGCGCUUUUCAAAAUACCCAGAAAUCCUCCGCCGACUCUCCACCAGCCGGAGCUCUGGUCCGCCGACUUUAAUGACUUCAUCUGCAAAUGUCUGAUUAAGGACUUUGAGCUGAGGCCGAAUGUGCUCGACCUGCUCCGGCAUGUGUUCAUCAAACAGAAGGUCGGCAGAGAGAAAAUACUGCGCAAGCAACUGAUGGAACUCAUUGAUCUCAACCAACAGAUAGGAGUCAUUGAUAAAACAAGUUGUAGGCAUGAACGCAUCCACACUAAACGAGGAGGCCACAUGAAGACGCAGACCGACCCCGAUGAGGUGGACGACCUCGCCACCCUCGAAGUUCUCGAUGAGAACACGGUCACCGAGCAGCUCCAGAGUCGCUACGGGCGAGAUCAAAUCUACACGUGCGUGGGAGACAUCCUCAUCGCGGUCAACCCUUUCCACAAGAUGGAGAUAUACACUCCUCAGCACUCCAAGAUGUACAUCGGAGCCAAGCGUACGGCUAACCCGCCACACAUCUUCGCUGUGGCCGACAUCGCCUACCAGUCCAUGGUGUCCUAUAAUACGGACCAGUGCGUUGUGAUCAGCGGGGAAAGCGGAGCCGGGAAAACCGAGAGCGCUCAUCUGUUGGUACAGCAGCUCACCGUUCUUGGAAAGGCCAACAAUCAGUCGCUGCAGGAGAAGAUCCUGCUGGUCAACAGUCUGGUGGAAGCGUUCGGAAACGCCUGCACCGCCAUCAACGACAACUCCAGCCGCUUCGGCAAGUACCUGGAGAUGAAGUUCACCUGCGGGGGAACGGUGGUCGGGGCGCAGAUCUCCGAGUACCUGCUGGAGAAAUCCAGGGUCAUCCACCAGGCAGUAGGCGAGAGGAACUUCCACAUCUUCUACUACAUCUACGCUGGCCUGGCCGACAGGAAGAAACUCGCCCACUACAAGCUCUCCGACAGCAAAACGCCAAAGUAUCUGUCGAACGAGCACGUUAAAUUAGGGCCCGACAUCGUGAGCAACACCUUCUACAAGGAGCAGUUCGAUGCGGUGGAGCAGUGUUUCAAAGUCAUCGGAUUCACCCUGGAGGAGCUGGGCAGUGUUUACAGCACGCUGGCUGCCAUCCUCAACUCCGGCGAUAUCGAGUUUUCUCCGGUUGCCUCGGAGCACCAAACCGACAAGAGCGACAUCUCCAACAUUUCUGUCCUGGAGAACGUGGCAUCGCUGCUGUGCAUCCGCUCGGACGAGCUCCAGGAAGCCCUGACCUCCCACUGCGUCGUGGCCCGCGGGGAGACGAUCGUCAGGCCCAACACGGUGGAGAAGGCGGCGGAGGUGAGGGACGCCAUGGGCAAGGCGCUCUACGGCCGCCUCUUCAGCUGGAUCGUCAACCGCAUCAACGCGCUGCUGCGGCCCGACAGCCCCCUCGGAGAGGAGGAGAAGGGCUUGAACAUCGGCAUCCUGGACAUCUUCGGGUUUGAGAACUUCAAGAAGAACUCGUUCGAGCAGCUCUGCAUCAACAUCGCCAACGAGCAGAUCCAGUUUUACUUCAACCAGCACAUAUUCGCUUGGGAACAGGACGAGUACCUGAACGAGGAGGUGGACGCUCGGAUGAUCGAGUACGAGGACAACCGGCCCCUCCUGGACCUGUUCCUGCAGAAGCCCAUGGGGAUGCUCUCCCUCCUGGACGAGGAGAGCCGCUUCCCACAGGCCACCGACCAGACCCUCGUAGAGAAAUUCGAAGAUAACCUGAAGACCAAAAGCUUCUGGAGACCAAAGAGGGUCGACCUCGGCUUUGGUAUCCACCACUACGCUGGAAAGGUGAUCUACAGCGCCGCGGGCUUCUUGGCCAAGAACCGGGACACGCUGCCGGCCGACAUCGUGCUGCUGCUGAGGUCGUCGGAAAACGAGCUCACGCGCAAGCUGGUCACGCAUCCCCUCACCAAGACGGGAAACCUCGCCCACACCAAGGGCAAAGGCAUCAACACCAUGCGCAGCCCGCGGACCCCGACACGCUCCCUCACCUUCGCCAAGCCGGGGGAACCUGGAGACGCUCCUUACCACCCGAGAGAGACCACCAACAUGAGGACCCAGACGGUGGCCUCCUACUUCAGGUACUCUCUGAUGGACCUGCUGUCCAAGAUGGUGGCGGGGCAGCCUCACUUCGUCCGCUGCAUCAAACCGAACAACGACCGCCAAGCCAACAAGUUCGACCGGGAGAAGGUUCUGGUCCAGCUGCGCUACACCGGCGUCCUGGAGACCGCCAAGAUCCGACGGCAGGGCUACUCUCACCGCAUCCAGUUCGCCAACUUCAUCAAGAGGUAUUACAUCGUGGCUUUCCACGCCCACGAGGAGCCGCCCGUGACUCAAGAAACAUGCGCCACCAUACUGGAGAAGGCCAUGCUGGAGAACUGGGCGAUGGGGAAGACCAAGGUGUUCCUGAAGUACUACCACGUGGAGCACCUCAACCUGAUGGUGCAGCAGGCCACCCAGCGGAUCGUUCUGCUGCAGGCGUACGUCCGCGGCUGGAUGGGAGCCAAACGGUACCGGCGGAUACUAAAGGAUCGAGAACAGAGCGCUCUGGUGCUGCAGUCAGCUUACAGGGGUCACAAGGUUCGGAAGAGGGCGGCUGACGACAAAAGCAAAGCGAAGCUGGAGGCCUUCGUCGUCCAGUUUCAGGCUGCUUGCAGGGGCUAUCUUGCGAAAAAGAAAUACAAGGAGUUGGUAGAUGAGAAGAACAAAGCUGCGACCAAGAUUCAGGCUCGCUACAGAGGCCACAAGGAAAGGAGAAGCUUCAAAAGGAAACGGGAAGCCAAAGAGAAAGAGGAAGCCGACAAGGCCCUGAAAGGAGAGGAAGAGACUCCUGAACCGGAGAAGCUCAGCGAGGAAGACGCUCCCCCUCCUCCAGUCGACGGAGCGGCUAACGAGGAAGACGAAACGAAGGCGGCCGUGGUUCUGCAGAGCAACUUCAGGGGCUACAAAGAGAGAAAAAAGUUUAAGGAGCGGAAAGAGAUGAUGGCCGGGGCCGAGCUGGCGUUGCCGCCGGAUGCGUCCGCGGAACGAGAAGACGGACGAGAGCCAGCCGGCAGAGAGGAGAAGACGGCCUCUAAACCAGAGGGGAACGAAGACGAAGACGAAAGUACGUUUGAAGCCGAGGAGAACGACGACAGCGAUCACACACAGGUGCCAGAAGACGACGAGCACACAGAGUUGGAAGAGGAAGAGGCAGUCGAGGCAGCGGACGCUGGAAAAGCAAAGGAGGACGAGGAGGAGAAGGAGGAGAAGGGACCAGAAGAGGUUGUGAAUGUGGAAGAAGAAACCAAGGCGGCCACCGUCCUCCAGAGUAACUUCAGAGGUCACAAAGAGAGGAAGAGGCUGCAGGACGAAGGCAAGAUCCCGGCUAAGAAACAGAAAGCAAAGAGUCCCCCUGGUGAUGAAGAAGAAGAAGUGCCCACGGCGAGCAGCGCCGCGAGUGAGGAAGAGCUUCCCGAAGUUCAAACGCCGGCAGAGGAAGUCGGCAUCGAGGAGGAAGAGGAAUCAACGAAAGCUGGAGAUGCAGCCGGCGUUCCCUCAGGAGUCCAAGAGGAGGCCAAAGCAGCCGUGGUGCUUCAGAGCAACUUCCGCGGCCACAAGGAGCGCAAACGACUCGAGGAGGAAGGCAAGAUCCCGAAGAAGAAGACGAAGAAGAAGGAGGAGGAGGAGGAGGAGAAAGAAGCGACGCCGGAACCAGCGAAAGAAGAAGAACCGGCAAAGCCGACGGGAGAACCCACGGCGGAUGCUUCCGCGGAGAACUCGGGCGGGCCGGACGAGGAGAGAGCCGCCACCGUCCUUCAGAGUAACUUCAGAGGCCACCGGGACCGGAAGAAACUGAAAGCCGAGAGAGAAACGCAAAAGGACGCGGGGGGAGGAGCUGAAGAGGAAGAGGAAACCAAAGAGGAGGCUGGAGAGGAGGCCCUGGAUGUCGCGGACGUGACGAUAGAGCACAAAGCGGAGGCGGACGCCGACAGAGAGAGGCUGGAGGAGGAGCAGGCUGCGGUGAAGAUCCAGAGCAACUUCAGAGGCUACAAGGACCGAAAGAACCUCAAGGCCAACAAGCAGACAGCGAGGACAGAAGCUGCGCGACUGGAGAGCUUCUCCAAACAGGUAUCCAAAACUUCUCAGGACUUCGUGGCCCUGCAGCAGAAGUUGAACGAGAUCAUCCAGGCCCAUCAAUCAAACCCCGAGAACAACGGCAUGUUCGUGAGAGGAAAAGCAAUCAACGGCUACGCUCCCCGGAAUCACCAAUCAAUCUCUGCAGCGGACAAGAGGCAGUCCAGGACCCCCCGCCGGACCCAGCAGCCAAAGACCCUGAACACCCCGGAAGACUCCACCUAUUACAACCUGAUUCAUCGGUCCGUCCAGGAUGAUAAACGCAAGCCCAGGAAAGAGGAUCCAGGGAAGAAGGUGGACGUGGACGACCACUACUACCAGACGCUGUCCUCCAGCAGGUCUGAGCCCUGCUUCUCCACAGAGGAACCGGCGCCCGGCGGCGUGCCCGAGAGGAGGCCGUCCGUCGGGAGGAGGGGCUCCGUGGACGGCCGGCGGUCGACGGAGCCGACGGCAGCCGGUAGACAGACCAGAGAGAGGGCCGUCACUGAGCCCGGGCCUCCCACACUGGUGUUUAACGACAGACACUCACUUCCCAGAAUGCCCUCCACCGAGAGUCGGACCGAGGACAACCCGUUUGACUUCAGGCACCUGCUGAGGAAGACCUCCCAGAGACGAAGGCUCAUCAAACAGUACUGACCUCACAACUGGACUUUUCCAACCAUUUGGCACAUAAUCUACCAGAGUGGCGAUGUUUUAUGAGAUAGGAAAGAUGCACGUUUUUAUUCAUCUAAGCAUCUUAAAACGACUGAUAAGUUACGUAUAUGAAAAGCAUUGAUUAUAAGACAUUGCUACUUUAGCUCAUUUUGCUGCAUCCGUUUUCCUUUGGUCAAAUAUUUGAGGUAUACAACUAUAUCAUUGCAUAACAUAUAUGUAUACAUCAUGUAAAUACAUAAAUCCGCGCUCUUACAUUUGAAUACUUUGCAUUUCAACCCAUUUCGACGAAUGCAUCUUUCUGAAAAGCUGCUUCGCUGUUGUCAAACUGUAAGAAAUGUACAUUCUCUCUCCUGUGCUGUAAUCUGUGUUUUGUUUCAUUUAAAUGUAUAAAAGAUAUUAAAUUAA